GCGCUGCACAACUGGAGUGCAUGGCUCACCCCUUUCUCGCGCAGCGCCACUCGCCGCUUCGACACGGCCUUCUUCCUGUGCUGCCUGCGCGAGCCACCGCCCGUCUACCCCGACUUGGCGGAGGUGGUGGGCUACCAGUGGUCAUCUCCAUCGGAGACAACUGAAAGUUUCUUAUCAAAAGAAAUUUGGUUGGCACCCCCACAGUUCUACGAAGUGAGAAGACUGGCAAACUUUGCCUCUUUCUCUGACUUGCACAAAUUUUGUUUGGGUCGUGCAUUAGAAGGACUGGAAAGGUGGCUGCCUAUCGUCUUGUUAACUGCUGAUGGGAUGGUCCAUCUUUUACCAGGGGAUGAGCUAUAUUUAGAAGAUUCAGACUUUUUGGAAAAUCUUAUGUCUACUGAAAAAAAGACUGAGGAAAUCAUGAAGGAAGGCAAGCAACAAAUUAACUCAUUUCGACUCGGAGAGCCCUGCCAGUUGAAGGGCAGCUGGGAAGAAACCCAGGACCAGGAACCUUUCCAGAAGGUGCAGAUCAAGUGGAAAUGUUGCCAGGAGGCCACGAAGAGCCAGGGAUUCGUGGCUGACCAGGACUCUUCCUCACCACCAGGGCUUCCAGCUCACAGCAUUUAA